AUGGAGGCUAAGUUAAAGAGAGAGUUGGGGACCUCCAUGCUGAAGUCAACCGGUCACUCAGCAGGUGGAUGUAUCAGCGAGGGCCAGAGUUAUGAUACUGACUCUGGGAGAGUGUUUGUGAAGAAAAAUCACAAGAGCGAGGCUAAAUUGAUGUUUGAUGGGGAGAUGGCCAGUUUGGAAGCCAUUUUAAAGACAGAGACGGUUAAAGUCCCCAAGCCUGUGAAGGUGAUUGAGCUUGACACAGGAGGAUGUGUAUUUGUGAUGGAACAUCUGGACAUGACAGGUCUUAACAAGUACUCAAAGCACCUAGGAGAGCAGCUGGCAGAUAUGCAUCUUCACAACAAGAGACUGUUGGAAAAAUUAAAUAAAGAGCAGCAGACAGUGGGGAAAGGAGCUGGACAAUCGGAGGUGGCUGCUGUUGAAAAAUUUGGCUUCAAUGUACCGACAUGCUGCGGAUAUAUACCACAGGAAAACAAGUGGCAGGAUGACUGGGUGAUGUUUUAUUCCCAGCAGAGGCUGCAGUACCAGCUAAACAUGGUGGAGAAGUCUUAUGGAGACAGAGAGGCCAGAGAACUAUGGGCCAAGCUACAGCUGAAGAUCCCUCAGUUUUUCACAGAUUUGGAGAUUGUCCCUGCUCUCCUCCAUGGAGACUUGUGGAGCGGCAACGUGGCACAGUGCGCAGAAGGCCCAGUCAUCUUUGACCCAGCCUCCUACUAUGGCCAUUCAGAGUCUGAGCUGAGUAUUUCAGGGAUGUUCGGUGCCCUCAACAGCUCUUUUUACUCAGCUUACCACGAAAAGAUUCCUCAAGCACCGGGCUUUGCAAAGAGAACCAAGCUUUACCAACUCUUCCACUAUCUGAAUCACUGGAACCACUUUGGUGGUGGCUACAGGGGCUCUUCAAUAAGUACAAUGAAGAACCUACUGAAAUAAUGGCAUUCACAUCCACUAGUAAGCUUCACAGUCUUAAGCCAAGUAUUAUGUAUAUAUUAACAGCUGCUAAUUUGACCAAAAAUAGUGUGACGAGUUGUUGAAGAGACUAAACAUAACAUUCUAACAUUGUAAUGUCUGUUAUAUUGAGUAGCAUAACAAAAACAUAACAAAAAUAAUUCUGCCCUUCCUGCUUCCAAAAUGUGAAAAACAGAAUCCACAUCUUUCAAUCUUAAAUUGUAUGUUUGAUCAAGGAUAUAUAAGAAUUUUUAAAUUCUGUAUUUUCUACAUUGACUUGUGUGUACUGAAUUGUACUGCUGUGCAAAGGACACCUGAUUUUCCCAUUGAAUGCAAUACUUUAUCUACAUCAUGAUAGCCCAACUGUUGAUGUCAUGCAGACUAAAAUACUACAUCUACAAUAUGUUGCUGUAUUUGAAUGAAUCUUUGCAUUAUUUAAUAUCCACUGCUUAACCAACAAUAAAUCCUAUGAUGAACCAAA